AUGUCGCGACAUGUUCGCAAUUCUUGGAAAGAGGGAGAGGGUUACUCCCUCUUCGAUUCUAGAAGUUUUAUCAUAUACAUCGCAAUUUACGCGGGUGCAAUUAGUCUUGCGAUACUCGCUUGUACGAACGGUAAAAAAUGUACUUCGCUAAAGACAGCAACGCAUCGUACGAAACCAAGGACUGCAGUAACAUCAUGGAGCGAGGUGCGUUUAUUGAGCAGACGUUACAAUCUGACGACUACGGGCUACAAAUUUUUGGAAAUUGAAAUCAACGUUGGUCCACCGAGUUACGUGAGAUCACCCUGGAAGAUCAUCACGGACAUAAACUGCCGCUGUCUCUCGAUAAGCGUCAGCGUUUGCAUGCCGAACGUUCAUACGUCUCGAUUCUUCGUCUAUACGCAUGAUGAUGACCGAAAUGACGCUACGACGUAUAUUUAAGUUUGACAGAUGUAUCAAUGUAACGUUUGAACGAUUAGUCCAACUCGUCGAUACGGUUGAUGUCAAGUAUACGCGAUUCUCCAACAUCGCGUUCGAAGACACAAUACGCAAUAGUGACAUCUUUAACAAACAUCAGCUCGUCGAUUGCGAGCUAUUGGCUUUAGUUUUUAAU